GACCUUCAAAUCCCAUCCAUUUACUUCUAGAUGUAACAACAAUAGCCAUUUCUUUCCCACUCUCUCUCUCCCUCUCUCUCUCAUGGGGAGAGCUCCUUGCUGCGACAAGGCCAACGUGAAAAGAGGGCCUUGGUCUCCUGAAGAAGACACAGCCCUCAAAAACUACGUCGAGAAACAUGGAAGUGGUGGAAAUUGGAUUGCUUUACCCCACAAAGCAGGCCUAAAACGCUGCGGCAAGAGUUGCCGCCUGCGAUGGCUGAAUUAUCUCAGACCAGACAUCAAACAUGGAGGAUUUACCGACGAAGAAGAUAACAUCAUAUGUUCUCUCUACAAAAACAUUGGGAGCAAAUGGUCUAUCAUAGCUUCUCAUCUGCCAGGAAGAACAGACAAUGAUGUGAAGAAUUACUGGAAUACUAAGCUGAAAAAGAAGCUACUGGCAGUAAAUACCAAUCUCUCAAGCAAUGCUUCUAUUACUGCUAAUAACCGAAUUCAGCUAAGUUCUUCGCCUUCUCUUGUUUCCGUUAUUAAAACCGAAAAUUACGUUUAUGGUUAUUCGACUCCCGCUAACGGAAGUUCCACCAAACUACCAUCAAUGGAUGUUGGUUUUGUAUGCAAUAUGGAAUCCCAGAGAUUGUUUUCAGACCCAAAUCAGUUUCCCCCACUGGGGCCCACUGAAGCGUCGGAAUUAGGCCUGAACACAAGCAUGUCUUCUUCUCUUCCUAUGGACAACAGCUGCAUGCCAUGGUCUGGUAAUGGAGGUGCUGAAUUUGAUAGUCUUUUAAUGGAUUUUGGACAUGGGUCUGGCUCUGAUUUUCAGGAGAAGAUAGGGGAAAUAGCUCCAAAUCUGGCUUUCUAUGCUAACCUGCUUGCUUCCUGUGAAACCAAACCACAAGGGCUGUGCCAAAGUGUAACAUACUGAUGCUAUAAUGUCGGACUGCGUUUGGAUGCACAAGCGAACUGCAUUGCAAAAGUGCAGUCUAAUUGAUGGCGUUUUCUAGUGCAAUUUAGUGACUAAGUAGCCUCGAAUCACAGUCUAGUUUUGUUCAAGUCAUGCUUGAAAAGUAACAUGAUUGCAAUUUGGAGCCCAAACACACCCAUGCUAAGGAAUGAAAUAAAAAUUCUGUUUCUUUUUCCCACUUCAUUAGACUAACAAUUGCUAUUCAAUUCGUUUGAGCAUCCAAACGCACCCGCAAACAACAGAUGGGAAAAGGGUAUCUUGUUUAGAUGUUUUUAAGUAGUCUUGGGGGUGUGUUGAUAGUUUGCAAUCUUCAUGUAAAAGGUGAGAUAAGUAGCAGUAGACCUUAGAUUAGUUUGAA